AUGACCUCAUUUCUACCAGUCAAUAGGACGUCCACCCCGAACAGUAUGAAGAUGGAGGACGUAAAAGCAACCACCCCUCGACCGGGCUCAUCGGAUUCUCGAUCGUCAGCCGCAAAGACCCAAUCGUCUCAAUCUCAGUCUUCAUCGCAUCAUCGACGCGCGCCCUCGACGGCAUCAACAGGUGACGAGACCACGGUGGCGGAGGACGAACCCGACCGCGACCAGUCCGAUAAUGAACACGACAAUGAAGAGAACGCCCCGCCUUCGAAAAAGAAGAAGGGACAACGAUUCUUCUGUACGGAUUUUCCGCCUUGUACGCUGAGUUUUACACGAAGUGAACACCUCGCUCGUCAUAUCCGCAAACACACUGGUGAACGGCCGUUUCAGUGUCAUUGUUCAAGACGUUUCUCGCGACUGGAUAAUUUGCGACAACACGCCCAGACUGUCCAUGUAAAUGAAGAUAUUCCCGGAGAUUCGCUCGCCGCUACAGGUACGCGGUUCCAACGUCAAAUCCGCACCGAUCGCGUGCGUCCUCCGCAAGGCCGUGCACGAGCCGGCACGACGGGAAGUCAGGGUGGCCACUCCAGGGGACAUAGCCGCAAUCUAUCUACGUCCAGCAUCGCUUCUACUGCUUCCAGCUUGAGCCAGGCUCCCGAUCUGCGACGACGGCCGCCUCCCUUGAUCAUGGCCAAUGACGGCAGUGCUCGAGCUCAACUCUCUCUCGGCGCCAUGGCCGAACCUAUAACACCCCCGAGCCAGAUUGCUCGUUCAGUUCCCGGUCCAUCUCCGGGUCAUGGAUACCCUACAUUUUCUGCUGGCGGCGGUAUCGGUUCUCAUUACGCUUCUCCUAUUUCUGCUCCGCAUCAACCGGGAUACUGGGAUGCUCGAGGACAUGCUCGUCGUCUAUCUGUGCCGUCCGGCCCGAAUCCAUUCACCAAUCACGAGACGUAUCCUCCACCAUACGUCACAUCCGUUCCUCCGCCUCAUGCAACAUACACACCCGGCUCAUCUGUAUAUGCUAGUCCCACGAGUUCGAAUUUUGCUCCCUCUCGCGACGAGGGAAUGACUCCGUCUGAAGCAGAGCUUCGUCGGCGUACAUGGCAUCCUUCAACAUAUCAGCCUCGUCCAGCCACGAGUGGCUUGGUUAAAUAUGAAGAAUCUGCAAAUACACUGCGUCCUGCUUUUGGCGCUGGAAUUACCGACGGUCAGACCACUCGACUACCCGGCAUUGAGAGUUUCGACAAGGUCAUUCAGGGCCGUCCACUCACUCCUCCUCUACGAAAGACCAGCCCUAUGCAAAUAGAUACACCCAGCCGAGGCCCACCGUAUACUCCUGGCUUUGCGGGACAAGUGCCGUCCAGUCGGCCGCCGCCUGCAAUGUCCGGAUUAGGUCACCGCCGUGCUCAGCCGUCUUGGGAUUUGCACUACAAUCUCACUGGACUCAACCUAGGCAAUGGAUCUUCCAACCCUUCUUAUAAAGAAGUGACCACUCCAUGGGGCCAACAGGUACUAGGAGAAAUCCACAGUGUCGGAUCUCGUCCGCUAAGCAGUGGACAGCCAUACACCUCUACUCCUCGUCAGGAACCAUCGACUCCGCAAAAUACUCAACGAUAUAGUUUUCAGACCGCCACUAGCAGCACGCCUGGAUCCCAUGUGACUCGUACUUCGCCAGAAGAUUCUAGUAGCAGCGAAGGUGUUGCGACUCCUUCGACUGUUUCUAUGGAUUACCACCCGGCUAUUGUACAUAGCAAUGGACAUGUAGAACCUGCCGUGGCACAUGAAGCCCCUAACUGCGCCCCUACUCAACAAAACGGCUACACGCCUUCAAACAGGCCAGGGAUCUUUGAGAAUCCAUCUGCUGGCGGGGCGAAUGGUAUGGGCCGUUUGGAAGCAUUGGUAGCGGUUGCAACCAGCGAAGGCAAAUCCGCGGCGCGGUUGUUUUAGGUAUAUUUUUUCCGACAUGAUCUCGACGAUCAUGACACGACUAUUCAUGAACAUUGAAUGUUCUGCCAACUUUGACUGUCAAGACAUGCAGUUUUUCCUACUCAGCUUACAACAAACGACUCCCUGCUUCAGCGUAUUUCGAAUUCCGUGCAAAUGUGAUUAUUACUUGACGACACGACCGCUACGACAUGACUCAUGAACUUUGGUGUAUAAAGGUAUUGAUUUUUCUUUUCUUUUCUUUUUUUUUUUGCCAGGUUGGGUAUUUUGUGUUUUCUUUUUUGUACUUUUUUGUCUGCAUGCCUGAUGCCCUGCAAUGCCUUAUGAACUCUUAUGAUCGAGGGAUGGAAUAAGGGGGGACGUGAUUUUGCCGAAUACCCAGCCAUGAUCCUUUCGUUUUUCUGUUGACUAUUGAUAAGAUUAUCUUUCCCUUCGGAUUCGUGUGUGAUAUUGACUUAUUUUUAUUCUCAUGUAUGUUGAUUAGUUGUAUCAUGAGAGUGGUAUAUGAAUGAAUAUUAGUAUUUAAAUGCUUC